GUAUCUGAAAUGACUGAAGUGAAGAUCUUAACUCAAACUAUGAUGCCCUGCCAACCAAAACAGCAUGAAUCGGAAGAAAAAAAAGAAAGGAUCAAAUACAGCAGAGAUUUCCUUCUGAAACUUUCAAGUGUGUCUCUCUCUCAGAAGAAGCCAGAGUUUCUUCCAGAUCAUCCGAUUGUUCUUGAAAAGCCAGAAAAGAGCAAACCCUUUAUUGACAUAUGCAAGAAGUGA